GAUCAGUUCAAUGGGGUGUCAAUCAGUUUUCGCAAAAUGUUCAUAAAGUACACAGUGCUCUGGACACUUUCGGGCCUACUUUCUCUCGUUGGAGCUUUUCAGGUGAUACCAGCUAUUGAAGAUGGAGUGCCAGAUUACCUGAACAUUACAACAGCUCCAUUCGUUAAGAUCGGCCAUGGCUAUUAUUACAUUGAAACCAAAACGGCAAAAAACUGGUUUGAUGCAACCGAAUCUUGCCAUCGGAUGGAGGCCUAUCUAGUAGCUUUUGAGACCAUUGAAGAAUGGGAUUUGGUAAAUCAAUAUCUGUUUAAGAAUGGUAUAGAUAACGUGUACUGGACUUCAGGUGCCGAUUUGGCAAAUCUGGGAAAACAUGAUUGGUUUUCAACUGGUCAACCGUUAACUUUAAAUAUCUGGUAUCCGGGAGAACCAAAUAAUCUAAAUGGGAUCGAGCAUUGUGACGCGCUGGGGGACCGAAGGUCCGUAACCAAUUAUAAUGUGUUAAACGACAUGAACUGUGAAUCAGCCAAACUUUACAUAUGUGAAAGAUUAUAUCCAAAGACAGCCUCGUUUGUUAUUUGGUAAUCGUUUCAUUAAACAGUGUUAAAGGUAAUAAACAAAUAUUGAAUCAAAAUGCAUGCUGAAUAAAAUAUUAUUGAUAAAUUUUUGAAUAAAAAAAUUGUUUUAAACAUUAAUUCAGAACAAAAAUAAGUUCUUAUUAAACCUCUAAAAAGUAUAAGAAAGUAUGAUACGAUUUUUGGGCUUUGUGUUUUAUAAAUGCAGAAAAAAAUGUAUAAAAUUAACUGUUUUCCUCAGUCCUUCGAUAAGGCGAAAUGUAUUUUUUAUUUAACUGAAAAAGAAAAUGUAAUUUUUAUUUUUUUAAAACUUUGAACAAACGCUAUAUUUAAAACGAAG